UAUUUCCUGCCAACUCCAGAGUGACUAUAUGUGCUGCAAUAAACUAAUUAAACAAUAAAUUAACCAGAUUGCCCGUGAAUGAAUGUAUAAUGUUAGCGAGGAGCUGCCCCCUGCAGACAGAGAUGUGGGGUGGCAACACUGCUGAAGACGUCUCCAGUAAGGUUGUUAUUGAUUUCCUUCAAGCUCGGAAGGAUGACAGCCGAGGUCACUCUGCCAGUACCUCUUCCUCCCAAGGAUUCAGCAAGAACAGAUGAUAGAAGAUUGUGGGUUGGCAAUCUUGAUUCUCGGCUGAGAGAGUAUCAACUCCUUAAAAUGGUGGAAAACUUUGGCCCGCUGGUGGAAUUCGACUUUCUUUAUCAUCGCUCGGGCCCUCAAGCUGGACAGCCCCGAGGAUAUGCCUUUGUGACAUUUGAAUCCUCCAAGUCGGCCCAAACGGCUAUGAGAGUACUUGACGGGAAGAUUAUCUUGGGUCGGAGGAUGGCAGUGAAAUGGGCACAUGCUCAGGAUGAGAGUAUGUAUGAGAGGAAUAAAGAAAAGCCAGCACCACCUAUUCUUAGUGGUGGUAAAGCAGAGACAACUCAAAUAAGCAAAAAGAGCAAAAUUGCUGCAUUAGAGGCUAAAUUAAAGCUACUUGAAGAAGAUAACCUUAAGAUGAACCUAACUCCAGACGUUGGAGCUAGUGCCACUCGACCUACCUCUGUGACGUACGCAUUUAUUGAGAAAAAACCAGGGACCAAACUGCAGGGCUCCUCAAACAGACCACACCAUUCCUCUAGUCAUCCUUACCAAAAAUCAAAAAUCUCCAGAAAAUAAUACAGUAUUUAAGGUUGAUAGUGGUAAGUCUAAUACUGUAAUAGGAAAUCUGAUCUGACCAGGAUCAUGCUUUAUACCGGCAGUUCCUUGCAGCAUUAAUAGAGUAGUUUUUAUUAUUAAAAAAAAAGUAAAAACCGAUUUUAAUUAUUGUAAGGACAAGAAAGUUUUAUUAUGUGGUUAUUUAAUGGCAUGUGAACUACAUUUCCAGUGGAAGACAUUCAUCUUCACCUACUGUGCCAGUUCUUUAAAUUUCCAAGCCCUUUUGGUGAAAUAAGAAAUUUUGUGGAUUCGUGACCUAGUGAGAUUUGUAAAACAAUUUAUAUUGGUCUUUAUCUACAUUUGCAAUCUGUAAUAAUUUUUAAGUGAUAUAUUCACUAUAAAAAUUUAUUGAUGCCUGGUAUACUCUAAAUCUUGGAUAUGUACAAUUUAAAUUAGUCAUGGUGAACCAAAAACAAGCUCCUGAAAAUAUUAAUAGGGGUUCUGCAAACUCGUAUUCAAGCCAUUAAACCAGUAAGAAUUCUAUUUUUUGAAAGAUGCUAUGUUAAGUUAUUAAAUUAAAAACAAAUGUAUCAUAAAAUGGAGCAUGUUUAAAUUGACCCUUUUUUUCUUUCCAUAUAACUCACUGUUAACAAUGGUUAAAUAGUUUUUGGCAGUUAAACAUACUUUGCCAAAUGUUUUAAACAAUGAAGUAGCGCCAAAUUUAAUGAACUGCAACUUUUGAUCUGUUUUUACCACUGACUCCUGAAGACAAACACAAUGCUUGGCACUAGUCUUUGUCAAUUCUGUAGUUACUUCUUUCUCUCCUCCAGCUUCUUCUGGUAGGGUUAACUCUACUGCUCUCUUGAUUCAGAAUGAUUUCCUUUUGUUCCUUCUUUUUCAAAUGUUCAUUCCAGUGCUGCUCGUGUCUUUGUGAAGAAUUGGUAUACCAUCUGUUUCAUUCAUCUUCUACCAUGUGUUUCAAAUAUAUCUUUGAUCUUUUAACAUCUUUUAGACAUUUAUUACUUGUCAAUGAUUCAGAGGAUAAAUGUUCCUGUGGCCCAAUAUCUGACCAGGCCUUCUGGUUGGUGGUCUGGUCAGACAGGUGGUUGGAUAUGGCUGUUUUUAGUCUGAUGUAUGAGUCACACUCUGAUUGAUCAGGUAUCCUUUGAAGGUGCUUGUCAAGUUCUCUUUUUUUUAACAUUUCAAGAGGUCGGCUAGUUAUGCUCCAAGUGUAGGGGGAGUUUUGAAGUCUUAGGUGUUUGAUGUUGGUAGAGUUCUUUCUUGGCAUGCCUAUUGCACCUGGUUUUUCAAUAGGGUUAUUUUUGCACAUCCUGCCAUACCUUCUGGUCUUGUGUGAUGUUAUUUCUGAGUGCAGAUUUGGAACUAGUCCUCCUGGUAUUUUCCAAGUGCAAACUCUUUGAAUAUAUGGUUAAUGUAUGUCACGUGUGGUUCCAGGAACAGUUACCUCUCCCACUCCCAAUUUGGCUUUCACAAGUGUUGCAGCACAAUAGAGAUCUUGAUGAACUUUGUGGUCUACAUUCAUGCUGCCUUUGCUGUGAAUUCUCUGUUGUUGUAGUUCUUUUUGACCUGGAGAAGGCUUAUGAUACCACCUGGAGAUAAAAUAUUUUAGUCCAACUGCAUUCUUUAGCCUUCAUGGCAAUCUCCUACCUUUCCUUUAAAGCUUCUUCCUUCAUUUCAAGUGAGAGUUGGUACCUUCUCAAAUUUUUGUUCUCAACAAUUUGAAGGUGUAACACUUUUUUUUCCUGGUUGCCCUAAAUGGUCUCGCCCUUCCUUCCCCCCUGUGAUUUUUCUCUGCCUUUGAUGUCGCUUUCCUUAUGUCCCUUUGAUUUUGUAGUGGCAUCCCGAAUAAUAUUGAGCACCUUUUUGAAUAUAAUUCAAUAUAUUUAUUUAGGAAUCUCCCUUGACAGUUGGUGCUACAUAGUCUUCUCGGCUUGGCACCUUCCGAUGAUAAUUACUUGCUUUGCAAACUGGCAAUGUGGUUUUGGAACAUGAGAACUAAAAUAAAAGUUUCAGAUUAUUCCUGGAGGGGGGGUUACUAAAAAUUGGAUAAUUUUAGAUGUAUGCCAGGUAGCUCGGUGAUCAUGAAUUUACAGUUUAAUAAUGUACCACUUUUAAUUUGCUUCCAACAUUGUUGUACUUAAUACGUGUUUUAGAUAAUUUUUUGUUUUUAAGGAUGCAGCAAUGUAUUUGUUUUACUAGUUUAUAUCUACUAUCUCAGGCUGUUCAAGUGUACUUUAUUAUAAAUAUUCCUAAGGAGUGUACAUGUAAUGGAAGACAUGUUCUGUUAAAGCUCCAAUCAAAAAUUACAGUAUUUAUGUUGAAGUUAAAAUAUAUAAGUAUAUCUAAUGGCCAUUAAAAAAUAAAAAGCACUUAGAAUGAUAUAGUCUGUUAUCAUUUGAAGAUUUUUUUAUCUUGCAAUAAGAGAGCACUAUUUUAUGUAUAAUAAAGUGUAUAAUAAAUGGUAUGCUCACCAUUGAUGUAUCUCAUCAAUAUUACUCGCAUGAUAUAAGUAGCCAUAACUUUUGAGUAGUUUAAGAAAAAAAUAUAAACCCGAUUGCAACAAAGCAUGUUUUCUUUGUAAUCACAAAUCUUAAAGAAUUGCAUGUUAUCCUGCUAGUUCUUAAAAUCAAACCGAGUGAUGUGCUGUUAACUUAAAUACUUAGAAGUUAAGAAAACUUGAUUAAAGAGUCUCUAUUUCUGUUCAUGACUUCAUGUAUUGUUGAGACUUCCAAAAUGAUUCCAGUAUAGGCAAAAAAUGAAGGUGGCAGGUCAAGUUGUGUGUGCUAUUUUUUUUUAUUUUUUUAAAGUGGGCAAUUUACCCUUGCUGGGGACCAACGGUGCAAGAACCAGCAGCACAUAUUUAGUGUUUGGAUUUAAUAUUGCAGACAGAGCAAGACAUGAAAGUUUAUCGCCUUUGUUCGGAGGGAUAUUUUUAACGAAGCGAGUGGUGGUGGUGGUUGUUGUUUCAGAUUCAGCUACUUGGAACAAAAAGUUCCAAGUAGCACAGGCUAUGGUGAGCUCGUCGUACUCGCCUGGCACAGGAGGUGUGUGCCCAAAGCGGGUGGGGACAUAGUUAUACAGUACUUUGGAAAUGACCUGUUCUCUUAUAAAUUACCUGUGUGUUUGAAUUUGGCCGUUUGCCCAAAAAUGGAGGUAAUUUGAAAAAAAAUUUAAUAAAUUUUUAAUUUUUUGUUUCUACAAUUUGAGGGUCCUCUGGUAGGUUAGGAGGGCAGGAAAUUCUCCUAAGGUUUCAAAACGUUAAUUGAAAGUUUCCUCUCCUAACCUAACAGAGUAAACCAGAGGACUCUUAACAGAAAACGGGACAUUACGUCACUUUCGCGAGCUGAUUUCAUUUCAAGUUACUGUACGUUCAUUUUUAGCCAUAACGUGCAUACAGGCGAAAAGUGGCGUUAAUUUUUAAGAGGAUGGGUUGUUGGAAAUUACCUUGAACCAAUUUGAAGCACCAUUGCCUCACUGACAAUCAAACUCAGGACUCUUGGAUUGGUAGGCCAGUAUGUAAAUGUUUUGCAGAUAGCUGUGUAUGUGACCCUUCAUGGGAAUGAGAAAUGCUAGAAAAACAGUUGUCACUACGCGAGUGGUGGUGACAGAUCUCGUUGUGCAGAUCUCGAUCUGAUUUUUUUAACAAUCAGCAUUUAAUGAGGAAUUCAAACAUUUGUAUCUACAGGAUUGCAAUUUUUUUUAUUAUUUUGUCAUUCUUGUGAUAUUUUGUACCGGCAUAAGAUUUGGGACAAAUGGAUGUACAGACACAGAUGCCUGAACAGCCAAACCAAUUAUGUACAGUACUGAAUGCCUUUUUUUUUUUGGCAUUAUGGUAUAAUGCCAACCACAUUAUAUAUUUGUUGGGUAACUAAUCUUUCAAUUGAGUUUAUAUGUUCAUUACUCUUCCAAUUACAGUAGUUACUUAGAUUUUAGAUUUAUUUUUAGAUAUAAGUGGCUUUGAAAAAAUGUUUUGUUCAUGAUGUUUUUAUUACUUAAUUUGUCAACAAAUUGUAUGGAGAAGAUAAUAGAUCAAAUUAUUUACCUAUACAGUGGUGAAACAAAUUGUUACAUAUAUUAACAUGUAUUUUAUGGUGACCUUGACAGGUAAAAAAAAAAAUGGAUGAAAAGGUUGGAGGUGACUGAUUUUCCAGCUUCCCAUUUUCUUCUACUCCUGGCAUAUGCAACCAAAGAGGGAUAAGGCUUGGCCACCGACACUAGUUGUUCUUCCAGUGUGACAUCCACUAAAUGUGGAAUUCUCUUGUUAUUAAACCUAAAAGUCUAUUUUCCCGAAUACUCUUGGUUAGAGAUUUAAUGUCCAUUUGUUACUAAUGGCUAGUAUUUAAGUUGAAACGAAUAGCACUUCAUAUGAGAUUUAAUGAUUGUCAUUUAUAGCAUAUACAGCAUACAAAUGUGUGAUUUUUCACUAAAUAUUUUGUGAUAUUACAUGUACUAAAUAAAUUAAACUACUGAAAGCUUGUUGACUUGGAGAUUUAUUUUCAGAUAAGUGUAAAUCUGAAAAUAACUUUCUAUUGUACUGUAAGGCAUUUACAACUUUUUAAAUCAAAAGUUAUAAGGAUAAUCAUAAUUGUCAUGGAAAAUCUAUAUAGCAAUAUUUUAUAAAUGGAAGUGCAAGAUGGUAACAAUAUAUAUUUGAUUGACUUUAGGACAAUACUUUAAUGAUUUUCUGGGAUCCUUAAGUAUCUCCUUGGUGCUUGCAGUCUGGCAAGCUCCACCCAAUUCAAUCCACAUCAGAAUUCAGCGAGUCAUAUUUGAGCCUACUGGGGGGAACCAGAGACCAAAACCUGACCCCAUCUAAAGGUACAAGGGUUGUUGCACCUUCAUUGGAGCAGGAUGAACCAGCUCCAAUGAUUUUCACAAAGAUAAAUUAUGCUAUUGUGAUUUCCCAUUUUAUUUAAAGGGAGAAUUUGGUGGGGAACUACAUUACCUACACCACUGUGUGGGUAGUUUGGAAAAACUUGGGAUUGGUUCCCAGAUCAGUGCAUGAAGACUCAGUGGAUUUGGGCAGAUCACAGGUUAAAUUACUUUACCAAUUCAACUAUGAUAUGCUCUUAAGGAACACAUUUGGGCAUUUUACCUAGCUGUCAUAUUUUGUCUCGCCCUCUUUCUGGUUAGAGUGAUUUUAAAUCCCCCUGCUCCUUGCACUUCUAUAGAGGCAGGUAGUUUUAUAUGACUCACUAAGGCUGGCAUUGAUUGAAUUGGGUAUAUAGUGCCAGGCAGCAAGCCCAAAAUAACUACAAAGACCCACCAGAAAGAGGUGUUUCAUUACAUUCAAUGGUAGCUUUUAAUCUAUACAAAAUGUUUGAUAUAACUGAACUACAUACAUAUACAUCAUUAUUACCAUGUUCAUGGGGGUGGGAAACUGCUAUAUAUUCUUUAUAUCAGGUAUUGUAUUAUGGUAGCACGUCAAGGGCGCUACCAAGAAUAUAAAUAAGCUUUGAGGAUGAAUCAAUUUUGUAAAGGCAGAAUUUUUUCCAUAUUUAGCAUAUUAAUGUGCUUGAAAACUGUGUAGCUCGUUCUAAAAAUAUAUGUAUUAUAAAGAGUAAAUCUGUGCUAAACGGUGAACACUAAAGUAAGACAAAUAAUGCUGUAAUUAUAAGAUUAUAACCCAAAGAGAUUCAAUGUACAUUAAUAAAAUUUGGGCAGUAAAGCACAUCUCUAAAAUGUGAAUUUACAGGUAUUAAAAUAUCCCCACACAGUUGAUGCCUGUAUAUCCAUUUUUACUUUGGUAAAAUGUUUAAUAUAGAUGUAUCGUAUAUACAGGAUGGUGACAUACUGUACAUAUAGCCAGAAAAAAUAACAGCAUAAAGUCACAAUUUGUAUGUCCAUCAAUAACUAACCCAUUCUCAGGUCAAUUAUAUAGACUGGUGGAGUAUUGGAUGAAGGAAAUACAGUACAGUUAUUAGGAAAUAACAUACUAAAUUAAUGUGUAUCAGAUGGUGUAUGCUCUUCAAUUAAAUCAGAGUUUUUGCUUAAUAUGUAGUAGUUGUUGUACAGUUUGAAAGAAUUGAUGGGAAUGUUACACUGUCAGUUCUGAGCAGUUCUUCACAACAUGUUAUGUUUCAUUCUUUUCAUAAUAUUUACACAUUUCAGGCCUGAUAAUGGGCUGCAGUAGCACUGUACUGACCUUGUUUGUAAUCAAAAUAAAUUGUAACAAUCAUUUCACUGGUGCUGUAACAUCAUUGGUACUGUACAAACAAUAUUCAUGCAAUCUUUAGACAAGGUUCACUAACCUUGGCCAAGUCCCCCAAAAGGAUUUCCAAGAGAAUCACAGGACUUAGUCUAAGAGCAUCCCAUCCUUUCUGGAUGUCUCCUAUCCUAACAAACCAAACUGAACUGCUCUCUGGAUUAUAUGAUCACACAAACCUCCUCAACACAAGUUGUAUUCUAAAGGGGGAACAUAGUUAACCAACAAGUCAAAAGUUAAUGGAAACACAAUGUUUACACGAGUGCAAAAGAAAAUGUUGACUUCUGCAAAUACUGUGCAGAUUGAGUAACACAGCUGGACAAAUUUGGUAAAGAGCAUGUUAAGUUCAGCUAUACCGUAAGCUGGAAUCUAAAACAAGGCCAGAAAAAGUAUUUUGGUGGAUUGAUCCAGAGUUCAAAAAUCCUGCUCAGUAUUGGUGUAAACACAGAUCUAAAGUAUUAUAGACUGGUUUGCUUUCAAAACAAUAUUGCCUGUAUGUUUCUCACUUUUUAUAAAUUGAAAUGUGUGUAGAAACAAUGAUCUCAAAGUUCUACCUGAAAUGGUUGAAUAAUAAAGGCGCAUUUUCUGUAA